ACGCAAUGUCAGUCUGGCGCGCGCUGCUGGGCGGAAUCUGACUGUGGCCGCCGCUAAGCGCGCUGGGGUAACUGAUGCGCGCAAAAGCGCCUGGGCUGCGCCGCGCCGCUUCGUCGCCAUCCCCUUCGUCUUACUUGUUUGAGCGUUAUUCCACCGCCGCUGUUACCUAGCCGUUACCCGCGUACUUCCGAAACACUUAGGCUGUGUGGAAUAUGCCCGCCGCUGUGGUUUCACGGUCACCCGAAGCGCCUCUUACUGGACUGGGGGCAGAACAGUUGUGGCGCUGUCCUGGGUUCUGAAGUCACAAAUCCAGAAGUGUUGUUAAAGAGCAGACUUUUUUGUGGUGGCUAUGCUUCUUCACUACUAAAGUCUUGAGAUGAGUUGGAAAAGGCUGCAUUUUGUAGCUGUCUGGGGAUUCUUCGCAUGGGAAAUAGCGGGUUUGCUGAGCCUAGUUGCAUCUAAGGACCCAGACAGCCCCCGCGGGAGAGCAGUGCCCAUGUCACCGUCUGACUUCCUCGACAAGCUCAUGGGAAGGACCUCCGGCUACGACGCCAGAAUCAGACCUAAUUUCAAAGGCCCCCCAGUGAACGUAUCCUGCAACAUUUUCAUCAACAGCUUCGGCUCCAUCGCAGAAACAACAAUGGACUACAGGGUGAACAUCUUCCUCCGGCAGCAAUGGAACGACCCGCGCCUGGCCUACAGCGAGUACCCAGACGACUCCCUGGACCUAGACCCCUCCAUGCUGGACUCUAUCUGGAAGCCUGACCUGUUCUUCGCCAACGAGAAGGGGGCACACUUCCAUGAGGUCACCACCGACAACAAACUGCUGAGGAUAUUCAAAAACGGCAAUGUCCUCUACUCCAUAAGACUAACCCUGACGCUCUCCUGCCCGAUGGACCUGAAAAACUUCCCGAUGGACGUGCAGACGUGCAUCAUGCAGCUGGAGAGCUUUGGUUACACGAUGAAUGACCUGAUCUUUGAGUGGCAGAAGAAUGGACCAGUCCAGGUGGCCGAGGGACUCACGCUGCCUCAGUUCAUCCUGAAGGACGAGUCAGACCUCCGCUACUGCACCAAGCAUUACAACACAGGCAAGUUCACCUGCAUCGAGGUACGUUUCCACCUGGAGCGACAGAUGGGCUACUAUCUGAUCCAGAUGUACAUCCCCAGCCUGCUCAUCGUCAUCCUCUCCUGGGUCUCCUUCUGGAUCAACAUGGACGCUGCCCCGGCCCGUGUGGCACUCGGCAUCACCACGGUGCUCACCAUGACAACACAAAGUUCGGGCUCCAGGACGUCCCUCCCCAAGGUGUCUUAUGUGAAAGCCAUCGAUAUCUGGAUGGCUGUCUGUUUACUGUUCGUCUUCUCCGCCCUGCUGGAAUAUGCGGCUGUCAACUUCGUCUCCCGGCAACACAAAGAGCUUCUGAGGUUCCACCGAAGGAGGAGGAACAGGGAGGGGGAAUCCCGCGAGGGCCGGCAGAGCUUCAACACCGGAGUCCCAUGCAGCACGGCGAAGGACGGGGCCAUCGCCGCAAACAGCAGUUCCCUCCAAAAUCCGGCCCAGGCAACAACAAAAAGCCCGGAGGAGAUGAAGAAGCUCUUUGUCGACAGGGCAAAAAAAAUCGACACCAUCUCCCGAGCAGGCUUCCCCCUGGCCUUCCUCCUCUUUAAUAUUUUUUACUGGGUCCUCUACAAGAUUCUGAGGUACGAGGACGUGCACCAGCAAUAAGGACAGUAGGACCCAGGACUGUAGCACAGGGGGAACGGCCAAAAACCAUGUCCUGAAAACAGGAACACACGUGGGCCAGCCGCAUUCACGUCCGACGCAAGAAGAUCCAGCGCACCCUAUGCAAAGCCCGGCUGCGAUGAUCUAGCUUGGUGAGCCACACAGUGCUCCAGUCAGUAGCAGGGACUGAUACCCAGGACUCUGACAUAUGGGUAGUGUCAAAUCUCGUGUCUUACAGCAAAACUGCCAAUAUUCUUCGUAGUGUUUUGAUACACGUCUGAUAGCAGCACCUGUGAAAACCAACAAGCAACAGUAGGGUGUUCUGCAAAAUGAGAAGCACUUUGGCUGUAUAGUGUUACUGUAUUUGUAUUAGUCAGAAAACAAGGCCGUGGAGACCACGUGACUUACAAAGACCUAACUGAUGGUAUAGAUUUCUGGGACCUGACUUCCAGUGUCUCUCCUUUAGUCGUGCACAGGUCACAUGACCCCAGUGAAUUAAAGUUCCCAGAACCAUAGGAUUGCACAAGAAACUCGGCUCGGCACAUCAACAAGAGACUGCGGCUGAAGAUGAUACCACGAUAUACCUCACUGCAAUUUCAGAGCACAUCUCUGAUUGGCCAGUCCCAUCGAAAGAAAAAAAAAAAAACAACAGAAAGCAUUUCUAGCAUAAAGUACCACAUACUUCUUAGAACAGCAUGUACCAUAGGAAGGACACCAAGCUCUGACACACCCUCUUGACUGUGGGCCUCAUUCUGAUCAGAAGAAAGGAGAAAAAUGCAAACACUACCAGCAAGAUAAGAGAUAAGAUGUCAGACACUACACUGAAACAGCAAAGUACUUCUAUACUAAAGUGUUAAUUUCUUCAACUUGUAUGUGGAACUGUGAGGAAUUUUGCAUGUCUAGAAUCAUGUUGCUGAAUUGCCCCAGAUAAUGUGGAUUAAUCGUUUCUCAUAAUGUAGAUUUAACAUAACAUAUAUACUGUAACUGUGAGCUCAUGGUGUCCCCCAUUAUGUAUUGACUGGGGCUUCCUGAAAACGUCAAAAUAUUUUAAACUGUGUGACAUUAAGACCUUAAUAUUAGUCUAUUAAUAUUUAUUUUCCAAAUUAAAAUGUGUAAAAGAUUAAAAAUCCCCAGACAGCCAUUUAAAAUAUAGUUUCUUCUUAGCAGAAAUAAAAAUCGCUGCCGUGUACAGAGGACCACACCUAGAAUGGGAUAAAGCAUUCUACAUGCGUACAAAUAACCAAUCGGAAGUGUAUCGAAAAUAAAAGUUGUGUGUGUCAAAUAUUUCAAGUAUACGGAUAAAUGUCCCAGCGCAUUCCGACAAGUCUGAAUAUUGGCAUACAUUUCCGAUGAAGCAAGUGAAUUCCACUGCCAUUUAUUUCGUACGAAAUCAGUCAUGUGUUAUGCAUGAGGUUAAGUCAGUGUUGAUGUAUUUUAUCUUAGAAAAUGUUUUGAAUAAUUGUUUCUUAUGUAGUCACUGGAAACGUUGGGAAAGAAAACAUAUAUAGUUUUUUUGUUCCAUGCACAUGUGUAAAUUAUUUUCAUUUAUCUAAUAAAUAUCCUUCAAAUGAA